ACAAUCGUUAUUAAAAUCGGUACUUCGUCUAUCAUCCACGAGGCUACCAACGAAAUUCAAAUUUCCCGUGUCCGAAGUGUGAUGUUGACUGUCGCUACCCUACGUAAUGCUGGCUAUAGAGUCAUUCUCGUCAGCUCUGGAGCUGUUGGUUUUGGAUUACUGCGGACGCAUCGUGUAUCCCGUCCUAGAAGACUAUCUGACAAACAGGCACUUGCAGCCAUUGGGCAGAGUGGAAUGAUCUCAAUGUGGUCAGACGUGUUUAAUGAAAAAAACAUUACGGUUGCACAAAUGUUGUUAACGCAUGACGACAUCUCAACACUCGAACGAUACGACAAUGCCAUUCGAACUUUUAAUAAGCUCUUUUUGGCUGGCGUGGUGCCAAUAGUGAAUGAGAAUGAUACUGUGUCCACCAAAGAGAUUUGUAUCGGAGACAAUGAUUAUCUCAGCGCCAUCACCGCGGUGAUGGUUCAAGCAUCUUACCUAUUCCUACUUACUGAUGUAGACUCAUUGUACGAAAGUAAUCCCCGGUAUGACAUUCAUGCAUCCAGGAUCGACGUGGUCACAUCCAUCAGCUUAUUGAGAAGACGCAUUGACUCUUCAAACCUUGGCCCUGGCUCAACAAAUGGGACUGGAGGUAUGGAAACCAAGCUACGUGCAGCUGAGAAGGCAUCAGCAUCCGGGAUUUUCACCGUGAUUGCCUCUUCGUCAAAUCCUGUAGCAGUCUCUGAGAUACUCGAGUAUUACAGU